AUGGCUUCCAACAUGAGGUUAACCCCUUUGGCUGACUUAAAGCCAUUCAAGACUGGGUGGAAGGUGCAAGUGAAGGUGCUUAACACUUGGAAGCAAUACCAGACUAAGAGUGGAGAGUCUCUCGAAAUAAUUCUCGCAGAUGAAAUAGGUAUCAAAAUCCACGCCACCGUCAAGAAAAACAUUUUGCAUCAUUUUGAGCGGUUGAUGGUUGUCGGUGAAUGGAAGUUCAUCGAGAACUUUUUGUUGAACCAGGCGUCCGGUCAAUACCGGGCCACAAGUUUACCUGCAAAUGGCAGAAAUAUUACUUUUUUGAGUAGCAAGCCACAUCAGAGGAUUUCUUAUGAUGAUGAGAGUAAUUUUGAUCAGUUUCCAAUGGUGACUAUUGCUGAACUGCAAGAUUAUCUGAAGGUUGGGAAAUGUAAAAUCAUGUGUACUGUAUACGCCGUUGAUACAGAAUGGUCAUGGUUUUACUUGGUUUACACUAAGUGUGGGAAAAAGAUACAAGAUCCGGAUGUCGUUCCUGAUGCACUGCAAAACUUGGUUGGGAAGACUUUUCAGUUUCUAAUUUGUGUUGAGAAAGAAAAGCUCUAUGGUGGUAGUAAUACAUACAAGGUUGGAAAUGUUUGGGAAGGCAAUCAGGUUUUGACUACCACCGUUGAUGAUGCGAAUGAAUCUGAAGAUGGGGGUGAUCAGAGUUUACUUAUAUCUGGCGAUCAGGCAUCACUGAUGAACACAUAUAGCCAAGAGUCUUCGGAUGAUGUUUCUGGCAAUAUCAAAACUCCUUUAUCAAAGCGUGAGCGUGAUGAUCCUAAAGAUUCAGUCGACUCAUCCUCAUCGUCUAAGAAGUCAUGUAAUAGUGGGAAUAGUGUGGAAACAACAUAUGCUAAUGAAGUGAUUGAUGAGGAUAUACUGAAGAGUGAUGGUGUUUGGUGA